AUGGGCUUCCGAAUUGCUCUGCUGGCUUUGGCUGCCUCGGUGCUGGGAAAACAGCUCGACGGACGAGGGCACGAUGAGUACAAACCCCAUACGACCUACACCACAACGACCGUCUGUCCCAUCACUUCGACAAUCACAUCCGAGGGAACCACAUAUUGCGUGACUGACCUCACUACUUCGACCAUCACUGUCACCCAGUGCUACGGCUGCUCCGGCGGGCUCACUGUUGUCCCCGGACCGACCGUGACGCGAGGAACUACGACGGUCGUGAAAGUUACCUACACCACCGUCUGCCCGGUGACAGAGACCAUCACGGGACCGACUUACACAUACUUGACAACGCGAACGACUACCAGCAGCAUUGUUACGUACGUGCCAACGACCAUCUAUGAAAGUGUUCCCGGGCCUGAGAAGACGCACACGGCGACUGACGUCAUCUACACCACCAUCACGAGUCUCUGCCCUGUGACGGAAGUGACGACGAUUGCCGGACAACAACGGACAAUCACAUACACCACUACAAGCCUAAUUGUGACCGUCGUGCCGACUACUUUUCAUGAAACGCUCAGGAAGCCAGAUCGCACGGCGACCGCCACGGACGUUGAAUACUCCACCAUCACGAGCCUGUGUCCUGUGACACAGACGAAGACUCUCGCGGGCACAGAGUACACCGUCACGUACACUACGACGAAGUUGAUCAAGACGAAAAUCCUGAAAACCAUUGAGGAGACGAUUAAGCAGUCGGAUAGAACUGUGACUGCCACCGAGGUCCAGUAUUCCACCUACACGACCGAGGUUCCCGUCACCAAGGUGACGACCGUCUCCGGCAAGGAGAUCACCAAGACGUACACCACGACAAAGGUGAUCAAGACGGCCGUUCAGACCACCAUAUACGAGACUGCCCGACAGCCAGAUGUCACAGAAACGGCUACGGAUGUUCAGUACUCGACCAUCACCAGUCUUUGCCCCGUCACGAUCGUCACCACCAUCGGCGGCAAGGCGCGAACGAUUACGUACACGACCACCAAACUGAUCAAAACCGUGGUGCCGACGACGAUACGGCAGACUGUUGAAAAGCCGGACGUCACGGCGACGGCGACGGAUGUGCAGUACCAGACAAUGACCCACCUUCAGGCUGUGACGAAAAUCACGACAAUCGGCGGCGAGGAGCGAACAAUCACAUACACCAAGACCAAGACCGUCAAGGUGCAUCUGCCAUACACCGUGGUACAAACUGUCAGCGUUCCGGCAAGCACCAAGACAACCGUCGAGGUUGUCUAUGAGACCAAGACCAAGUCGUACCCGGUCACAAAGACCAUCGCCGUGCCCGAAAAAGGACACACAAAGGUUGUGCACGACACGAGCACGGUCAUCUACAGCACGUCUUACACGGUCACCAUUUCUCUUCCUGGCCCAAGCUCUGGGUUCUACAGUCCGCCGCCUACGGGUACAAGGACAUACCAUACUCCAUUGCCUCCGCCACCCAGCUCCGCAGCUUCCGCAGCGGCCGUGCCAACGGGUGGUGUUCAAGCUAGAAGCGCUCCUUUCGUAGCGGUCAUCGCUGGCGUUGCCGGCAUCAUGGUCCUUCUCUAG